AUGUCGCCUCGAGCGAGCGAAAACGACCCGCUUCUUGCGUCACAGGAACACCACCAUCGCGUCGUCGCAUUCGCGCCCGGCGAUGUAGAAGAUCCUAGGAACUGGCCACGGGUGCGGAAAUGGCUCAUGAUUGCGGCCAUCAUGCCCAUCGAUCUCAGCGUUAGCUGGGGCGCGUCGGGAUUUUCACCCGCCGCAGCAGAUUUCGCCAAAGACAUGAAGGUGUCCCAUCAAAUCGCGACAUUGGGGUUGAGCAUGUAUGUCCUGGGUCUGGCAUUCGGACCCAUGAGCUUGGCUCCGCUCUCGGAGUACUUUGGUCGACGGCCUGUUUACGUCUUCUCUUACGGCAUUUUCCUCCUCCUGCUUCUGGGGACGACUUUUGUGGAGAACUUGGGGGCUUUCCUGGUCCUACGACUCUUUUCCGGCUACUUCUCUUCAGUAACAAUCUCGAAUUUCGGGGGCACCAUUGCGGAUCUGUUCCAUCACCACGAUACUGGCCCCGCGAUGAGCUGGUUCCUGUGGGCGGCGACUGGAGGGUCACCGACCGGUUUCGUGCUCUUCUCCUUCAUUGCGCACGGAAGAACGUGGCACGGCGUAUUCCGCAUCAUGUUCUUCAUCUGCUUGUCAUUCUGGGUCAUUUUGACAGUCGCUCUCUAUUCGCUUGGAGAGACCAGGCACAGCGUCAUACUCCACCGCCGAGCCAAGGCAGCUCGGAAGUCGACUGGUGACGAAAGCCUCGACGUGCAAGAUCAGCUGAAGCAGCGCGGUCCCAAGCAACUAUUCGGAACAGCGCUUACACGCCCCUUCCGUUUUUUAGCCACCGAAGCCAUCGUUCAGUUCAGUGCCCUCUACAAUGGAUACCUUUACGGCCUCUCCUUCCUCUUCAAUGGCGCUUUCCACAUCAUUUUCGGACCCGACGGAUAUGGCUACGACACAAUCGGUGUCGGGCUCUCAUUUCUGGGCAUUGUAAUUGGGAUUACUACCGGGCUGCUGACCAACAUCUACCAAGAGCGCUACUAUCAACGACGAAUCGCACAAGCCGGGCACCAGGACGUGCCCGAAGCACGCGUUUACCUCGCUAAGCUCGCCGCCGUAGUACUCCCGGUAUCCCUUUUGGUCUUUGCAUUCACCGCACAUCCGGAGAUCCACCCGAUUGCGUCGGUUCUCGCAUCAGCAUGCUGGGGAUGGUCCUUCUAUACUCUCAUAUUGAUGACCCUGACGUACACGGAAGACGCAUACAAGACAUACUCAGCAUCUGCGCUCGCGGGCAUCGGGUUCGUGAGGAAUGUGGCUGGGGCGGGAUUCCCGCUGUUGGGACGCAUAUUGUUUGUGAGCCAGGGCACAAAGAAGGCGGGCCUCAUCCUGACAGCCAUGUCGGUGGUCAUGGUGCCCAUUCCGUUCGUCUUGGCGAGGUAUGGCAGGGCUCUAAGAAGGAGAAGCCCGUGGGCUACGGCGCAUGAGGACGACGGCGAGGACGAUGAAGAUUGA